AUAAUCACGUCAUCGAUUUUUCAUGGUCAGUCGCCAGAACAGCAGCAUCAAGAGUCGUUUCGAAAAUAUUCUCCUUGGCAGAUGCAUUAAAAUUGGCGAUUUGUCUUGCAAUUUCUGGUUCUUUUUGUGCGUAAAAUUAUAGUGAUUCAACGAUGGCUUCAUGGGAGCUGCACGAUGAUAUGAACUUUUACAUCACAGCUGAUAAGUUCUACAUCGAACCUAAUGGGAAAAGCGAGGUGCUGAUAAUCGAUCGAAUCAGUCGGGAAACGUCUCUUCAGGUCAAAACCAAUCAGCUCCCGCAGGGCAUCCAGAUACGCAAGAUAUGCGGCAUCCUGGGGGUGAUCAAGCUGAUCAGUGGCUUCCACUUGGUCGUGAUGACCCACCGGAUAUUCGUCGGGAUCGUCAAUUCGCAAGUCAUCUGGCGGUUGGCCGGAUUCGACAUCAUACCCUUCGUUCCGUCCCUGACGCAUUUGAGUGAGACGCAGAAAGUGCAAAACAAUGUCUACCUUGCCAUGAUCCGGCAAGUACUGGACACUCCGUAUUACUACUUUUCGUACACGUACGAUAUCACGCAUACGCUGCAGCGGUUACACUCGAUGCCACCGGAUUUCAUGCAGACGGGACUGUAUGAACGGGCGGAUUCCCGGUUCGUUUGGAAUGGGUAUCUGUUGAAGCACUUCCAUCGGCCAGAACUGCGGCAGUAUAGUCUACCGCUCAUUCUGGGAUUCGUUUCCGUGAAUGAUGUCAUGGUGCACAGCCAUAACUUCCAGUGGAUUCUGAUAUCUCGUCGCUCGGUUCAUCGGGCAGGAACUCGUCUGUUCUGUCGAGGUAUUGAUCAAUCUGGUAACGUAUCGAACUACGUGGAAACCGAACAAAUUAUCGACGUCCGCGGGGAUAAGGUUUCGUUCGUUCAAACACGUGGAAGUAUUCCUCUGUUCUGGCGGCAGACACCCAAUCUUAAGUACAAGCCCCCACCGGAGUUGGUAGCCGGAAGGGAUCAUCUGAUAGCUUGUUCCAAGCAUCUGGAUGCUCAGCUGAUUCAUUACGGUCGACAAGUGUUGGUCAAUUUGAUUGAUCAUCGCGGAGCGGAAGAUGUCCUGGAGAAAGCCUUCGCCACAACGAUUUCUACUCUGGGCAAUCAGAGUGUGCGAUACGAGUCGUACGAUUUCCAUGCCGAGUGCCGGAAGAUGCGCUACGAUCGGCUGCAUAAUUUGAUCGCUAGAUUGGCUCACGAGCAGGACGAAUUUGGUGUAUUCCACCUGAGAAGAGAUGGAACUCUUCUUUCUUCUCAGGAUGGCGUCUUCCGCACCAACUGCAUCGAUUGUCUGGAUCGUACGAAUGUGGUCCAAAGCAUGUUGGCCAAGCGAAGCUUGGAACAAUGUCUCGUGAAGCUAGGCGUUCUAACAACUGGUCAGCGAAUUGAUCCGAGUUCGACCUUCGAGUGGUUGUUCAAAAACGUAUGGGCCGACAAUGCCGACAUGAUUUCCACCCAGUACUCGGGCACGGGUGCGCUCAAGACAGAUUUCACUCGCACUGGCAAGCGCACCAAAAUGGGUCUGCUCAACGACGGCGCAAACUCCCUAACUCGUUACUAUAAGAAUAACUUUAACGAUGGCUUCCGACAGGAUGCUAUUGAACUGUUCCUGGGAAGUUACGUCGUACAGGAUGGCGAAGGCCUUACCGUUCACUGUCCGCUGGUGAUUCAGAAGGGGUGGAAAUAUGGAACAUUCCCAGUGGUGCUGCUGUUUGCAUUCGCCAUGUUCUUCACGUCGGCCGUAUACCCGCAGGAGUACAAUACGGAAAAUCUGCUCUUCAUUCUGUUCUGGGGCUCGAUGGUUGGCCUCACCGGUGCCGGCAUUCUCAAGUACGGCGUAGAGUUUGUCGACUGGCCCAAGCUGGUUCCCGCGACACGAUCCAGCAAGAUGGAACCCUGACGGCACUGGUAAUUUUCUGUUUCAUUACUGUUAAGUUGUUUAUUCUAUGCGACCAGGUGGAUUGUUUUAAUUUCCCUUUCUUAACACUGUGUACAGUACUUUGGAUAAGUAUAUGAUUGUAUAUGUUAGGUCCAGUGGUUCCAGUUGCUAAAUUCUAGUGCACGCUUUUAACAUCCUUCUCCCUCCCUUUUUCCAUGUUUCUGAAAACUACUUAGAGAACGUUGAGAAGGUAUUUCCAAAUGACGGUCACAAUAAAAUUCUAGGCAUUCUUUAA